CUUUGUAUUUCCAAUCAAGAAAGAAGAGAGAAAUUGCUACCAGACAACAACAGGUAUUUUGUUGAAAAACAUACAGAAUUAACAGCCUGGCACAAUUAAGUUGUGUCCCCUUGCAUAUGAAAGGAUAUUGUAAUGAGACAUACUGAGUAUUCCUAGGAAAACUAUUGUGAUGACAGUCUCAUUCUCCUAAAGGACUCCCACACUUUUUAUCAAAUACAAAAUAAGCAGUAUUUAGAAUACUGAUCUUUAUUCCCAUUUUACCAGAAAGAUAACAAAGAACAUGAACAAUUUAUCUACUAGUCAGAAAAGAAGUGUUUUAUAACCUCAAAACAAACGUUUACUCACCAAGAGCUGUAAAUUGCUUAAAUUGGAGAUUUCAGUGGAUUUUUAGCAGUAAUUCUGAAAUUCUUCAGUUACAUAAUGUUCAAGGCAUGUAAAAGUGUUGCUUUUUCUACACAGCACAACUGAAAUGUCAUUUAAUCAAGGAGACCAAUACCUUGUAGACAACCAAGGCAGUCAAAUAUCAAAGCUUCAAACCAUUCAGGGAAGCAUAAAUUACCUAUUUUCUACACUUUCAAGGUAUCAGUCUUUCAUUUUCAUUUUCAAAGAAUGACUGCUGUAAAAUGGCCAUAUUCAUUAGCCUGCCAUCUAAAAAGCAUUAAUUUGUAGAACAAAUGAGCACGUUUUCUUGUGUUCUUGAAGUAUAAUAGAGUCCCUUCAUUUAAAUAUAUUUUUAAAUUUAUUCACAGAAUAUUAUUUUACAAGACUGCUUGCACUUACAGAUAUCAUGGAGUAGGAAUUAUCCAACACUGUAAUAGAUCAAGUGAUGCCCACUCACAGACGUAAAAAUGCAAGUUGGGGGAUUUUAGUACUUCGAUUUUAGAGUUGCUAGAAGAGGCACAGAAGGUUCGUUUCGUGAGUGUUGAGGGGAAAGGAGAAACGACCUCCUCUCACCCUGUUAAAAAGAAAUGUUUUAAUCUCUAAUAAAUUUAUUUCUUUGAACUAUGGAGUCUCAGAAGAGGAAGUCGUCCUAAAGAACAGAAUCUUCUAGGUUUUAGCUUUUUCCGGAUCGGAUGGUCUGUUCUAUUCUCGGAGAGCUUUAAAUACUAGAAGAAUCUUUUUGCCCUGAGCCAGAAUCUGUCUCCCCUAACUUCGCAAAGCUGGCCCCACUUUUGAACUCUGGAGAUCUGCAGAUCUGCCCAGAUCCUUCCAGGCCUUCUUCAGCCAGACAGGCCCGCGCCAGGGCCGGGCCGCAGCACCUUCGCUCGUCCUCCCCGUCUGCCGCGCAGCACGCAGUUCCAAGCUCGCUCUUCCCCGGGCCUCGGGAGGCGCCACUUUCGUCCGGCGCGAAUCAACGCGGCUGGCCAGCCCUCAGGUGGUGCGGGUCUCUCCUGACAACCGGGGGGAUGCCGGGGUUACUGGUCUGGAUGCUGGUGGUCGGCGUCCUGCUGGCUUUGGGGCCUGGCCGGGCCGCAGGUGCCCUGAGGGCGAACAGACGCCCGGCGCGGCCACGGGGCUGCGCCGACCGGCCCGAGGAGCUCCUGGAGCAGCUGUACGGGCGGCUGGCGGCGGGCGUGCUCGGCGCCUUCCACCACACGCUGCAGCUGGGGCCGCGCGAGCAAGCGCGUAACGCGAGCUGCCCGGCAGGGGGCAGGCCGGGCGACCGGCGCUUCCGGCCGCCCACCAACCUGCGCAGCGUGUCGCCGUGGGCCUACAGAAUUUCCUACGACCCUGCCAGGUACCCGAAGUACCUGCCCGAGGCCUACUGCUUGUGCAGGGGCUGCCUGACCGGGCUGUUCGGCGAGGAGGACCUGCGAUUCCGGAGCGCGCCGGUGUACGUGCCCACUGUCGUCCUGCGGCGCACCGCGGCGUGCGCGGGCGGCCGCUCGGUGUACGCCGAGGAGUACGUCACCGUGCCGGUGGGCUGCACGUGCGUCCCCGAGCAGGAGAAGGAAGCGGACAGCAUCAACUCCAGCAUGGACAAGCAGGGCGCCAAGCUCCUGCUCAGCCCCAGCGACAAGCCAGGCCGGCCCUGAGGCGCUGCUGCCCCUCUCCUGGAGCGCGGGCUGCUUCAGCCGCCUCCCCCGAGCGGACUCGACGGAGAGCAGUAAAUGAAACACGGCCCAACGGCAGAGGGCUUCCGACCGACUGCUUGACGGCUUGCUCUCACACAGCAUCACCUGGUUUUCUUCUAGGCAAAGGCAUGGGGCUGGUGAAGGCUGCCGGCAAGUUACCGGGUACACGGCCGCAGGUCGGGAGCGUAGCACCAGGGCCUUCCGCAUGUAGCCGGAGCCUGGUGUGUGGCCAAGUGGCUUCGGGGCCCUCCCUCCUUAGUCCUCUCUCCGUGUUCCUCUCUCCGAGGCCCUCCCUCCGUAGUCCUCUCUACGUAGUCCUCCCUCCGUGGCUCUCCCUCUGUGGUCCUCCCUCUGUGGCCCUCCCUCCGUGGUCCUCAGUGCUCAGACCCUCCCCCCCCCGC